AGCAGACAUUGCAAACUGUAACAAAGUCCAUGACACAUUAGUAUUUAUUACUCAAAUAUAUAACCACUAAGGUUGUGACUGCACUGUCAUCCUGACACACCUGUUGAAACUGUAUUGUCCACCAGCAAGGGCUGACUUUAGUUUACAAUCGGGCUAGCUCAAAAAUGUACCUAGUCCUAUCUUUCAUCAUUGGUGUUUUACCAUCGUUGUAUGGAAUGCCGAAAAUAACAAAUCAUUUCAACCUUCCAAUUACUGCUCUCGAAAUUCCUGCAGAAACCCGUCUUGCUCAACAAGCUGCAAGUGUGGCUAUCCACUAUUUAAACUAUCGCCACGGAUCCCCAACCAGAGUUUACGAACUACAUAAGCUAAAGAAAGCCUACAUUGAGACAAUUUUGAACAUGGGACACAAGUACCACUUAAAAUUUGAAGUAAAAUAUCAAGAAAGCUCUUCAAAUGUUACUGCCAAUUGUGCAGCUAAUGUACUCUUCCAUAAGAAAAUGAAUUCAGACACAGCUUUAAAGUGCAAUCUGAAAGAUAUGAAAGGCAGCUUUGAAAAAGAUUACAAAUUUUACUUCAAUUUUCAAAAUCUGAAGCAUCCUGUGGUAGGCUCCAAUAUCCCAGAUAAUUACGGAUUUAUAAAUCCUAAUAUGAUGCCAAUCUGGCUUCUAGCAAAAGUUAGUGCCAGUUACAUCAUCUGGGAAAAAUCCACUGAAGUCAUGAAGUAUAACAUGGUUCAAAUACAGAAAGUUAACCAACAGAUAAGGAGAGACAAAUUUCUUCAAUUUAUUUAUACAAUUCUUCUCCAUGAGUUGCCAACCCAAGAAACUGUCACUUGUUCCAUGUGGGUGAAAUGGCACCCCAAAAGAUCUGUGACCGUGAAAUACUUCUGCUUGCCACCUCUAUCUGAAAAUUAUUUUAUCACAUUGGAAUCAGAGAGAUUUGAAGCAUCUGGAUUGGAAGGAUUUGAAGGGUCGGGACUGAAAAGGCCUGAAGAGUUGGGAUUGGGAAGAUUCGAAGGGUCGGGAUCGGGAAGAUUCGAAGGGUCGGGAUCAGGAAGAUUCGAAGGGUCGGGAUCGGGAAGAUUCGAAGGGUCGGGAUCGGGAAGAUUCGAAGGGUCGGGAUCAGAAAGAUUCGAAGGGUCGGGAUCAGAAAGAUUCGAAGGGUCGGGAUCAGAAAGAUUCGAAGGGUCAGGAUCAGAAAGGUUUGAAGGGUCAGCAAUGGAAGGUUUUCUCAUAAACUGAGUGCAAACCACUCACAGCACAAGUCACAUUUACCUAAAGCGAUUAUUUUCAUUGCACUUGUAGCAUUACUUAUGACGAAAGCGUAUAUUACUAACAUUACAUCGGAACUAAUUUAACUGAUAUUUAUAACCACCAAUGAGUGUAACACUGCUGCUCAAAUGUUGUCUUCAGAUUACAUUUUCUAUUACUGCUAUAAAAAUAGCAUAUUUAAACAGUACAGGAUAAGAAGCUGUGGUCAAGAUUGUGUGUUAACUUAAUAGCAGUUUAAUAAAACCACUGUUAUUCUCA